AAACGCGUCUGAACCUAGCCUGACCUUUUUUUCCGGUACAGUUGUUGAAUUGAGAACAGGGCAUCAAUAUUUACAAUUUACAGCUGAUUGUUAGGGACGUGGUUAAAAAAUGUGUUCUUUAUCUCUUUGAUCUAAUUUGAGACUUUAGUAUUUUACAAGUCUCUCAUUUCCAAGUUAAAAAUAAAAGUUCUAUAAAGAAACUUCCUCUGCCCGCAAUUUUCAGGAGGAAUUAAAAAUAUCAUUAUAAAAAAUAAAAGACAUAAAAAAAGGAAUAAAGAUGGCGCAAAGUGCUUCACUUCUAGCAAGACUCGUAGCUUCUUCCGUAACAGCUGCCAACAGAGCGGGGAAAAUUAUUCGCGAUGUAAUGAGUCAAGGAGAAUUGAAUAUCGUCGACAAAGGAAAAAAUGAUUUGCAAACUGAAGCUGAUCGUUCUGCCCAAAGAUGUAUUCUUGCUUCUCUCAAUCAACAAUUUCCUGGCGUCACAAUUAUUGGAGAGGAAGGUUCUUCCAAUUGUGAAGUUCCAUCCGACUGGAUUGUCACUGACAUGAAUCAAGAAGUUCUCAAACUCGAUAUUCCGGAUCAUCUCAAAAAUGUUGAGGAAAAAAGCCUAUGUGUUUGGGUCGAUCCUCUUGAUGGAACUUCUGAAUACACACAAGGACUCGUGGAGCAUGUUACAGUUUUAGUGGGUGUAGCAAUUGGAAAAAAAGCAGUCGCUGGAGUUAUUCAUCAACCGUAUUAUAAAAAUACUGAAAAUGGAACGCUAGGUAGAACAAUUUGGGGAAUUGAUGGAAUUGGCGUCGGAGGAUUCAAAUCAAGUCCACCUCCUAGUGGAAAGCGAAUUCUUACCACAACUCGAUCACAUUGCGACAGUACCGUGGAAGCUGCUCUAAAUGCUUUAGAAGCAACAGAAAUUUUACGAGUUGGAGGCGCUGGACACAAGGUAAUGUUACUUUUGGAGGGAAAGGCACACGCCUACGUAUUUGCGAGCAAAGGAUGUAAAAGAUGGGAUACUUGUGCACCAGAAGCGAUUCUUCAUGCUAUUGGAGGCAAACUUACAGAUCUUCAUGGGCAGACUUACUCUUAUAAUUCCGAAACAAGUUUCCCGAAUAUUGGUGGAGUUUUGGCGACUGCACCUGGGGAAGAUCAUCGUUGGUACCUGACUCGCAUUCCAGAGGAAGUAAAGCAGAGAACACUACUUCGACCCAAGUCGCCGAUCAAUAUCUCUAGCAAUCGCCCUAAACGAACAGCUUCAAAAAAUCAACAUGUGUCACAGAUUAACCUUCAAAGUGCAUACUGGGUAUAAGAUACCCAGCGACUUAUUUUCGCUUUAGUAAAACGUACCAAAUUCAAGAAAAUGGAAGAUAUGGCGCCU